AUGUCCAAACCAAGCAUCCUCUUCGUCCUAACCUCCCACAACAAACUCGGCGACACAGGCAAGCCCACGGGUUGGUACCUCCCCGAGCUCGCACACCCCUACCACGUCCUCCACAACAAAGCCAGCAUCACCGUCGCCUCCCCCAAGGGCGGCGAAGCGCCCCUCGACCCCGCCUCCGUCGAAGCCGCCAAAGACGACGUCUCCGUCGCCUUCCUCAAGAACGACGAGGCCGUUUGGAAGAACACGCAGAAACUCUCCGACUUUGUUGGCAAAGCGGGAGACUUCGAUGCGAUCUUCUACGUUGGCGGCCACGGGCCCAUGUUCGAUCUCGCCGACGACGCUACGUCGCAGCAGCUCAUCAAGGAGUUCUGGGAGGCUGGCAAGAUUGUGUCGGCCGUGUGCCAUGCGCCCGCUGUGCUCUACAAUGUCAAGUUGAGUGAUGGUAGUUUGCUGGUUGCGGGCAAGGAAGUGACUGCGUUCACCAACGCCGAGGAGGAACAGGUUGGAUUGACGAAGGCGGUGCCGUUUUUGCCAGAGGAUGCGCUGCAGAAGGCGAGUGGGGGCAAGUUCGUCAAGGCGGCGGAGCCGUGGGGGGAGAAGGUGGUUGUGUCGGGCAAGUUGAUUACGGGACAGAAUCCUGCGAGUGCGACGGGUGUGGGUGAGGCGCUUGCUAAGGCGUUGGGUAUCUAG